AUGAGGAUUGCAGCCGCACUUUGGCGUCAGGCAGCACCGAUCCCACGACGCACCAGUACGGAGCGAGUCAAGGAACUUCUGGGCCUUUCUAACGAGCAAUGGCCAAAGUUUUUGGACAUAUCACUGGAGGUGUGCAAAGAUCAUGCUGGGUCUAAACUCAGUGAAAUCAGUGAGGAGGAUAAGAUGAAAAUGAAGACGAGGAUCAAGGACGGUAUGCGCAAGAAGCGGCUUCCAAGAAUCGAUAAUGAAGCUCUCGAAUGGCGUAUUUCAAAGUGCUUGCCAGAACUUAGAGUCAAGAAUCGCGAUAUAGAGCAAAUCCACGGAUGGGAGGAGACUACCAAGAAGUCGUUCCCAAUAUCAUUACUAAAGGAAGCAGUCCUCACACACGCUGAUAAACUGCCCGCCGGAAACUUGAGCUACUGGUCACAAAUUCCAAAGGACGUGCAGCUGAUAUUUGCCGAGGAAGCUAAUAGGCGACUCGCUGAACGCGGCUUACCGAUAUUGGAUGAGACGGCUUUACUGUACCGAUUAAGAAAGUACAUGAAUCACUGGCUCAAAUGGGGUUUAAAAGGAAAGGCAAAGGUCGGACAGGAAGUUCGCGAUGAUCAACCGGCUGUAUCGAAAAGAAUCAAGGGUCGGUAG